AUGCUGCCUUUGCUACGCCGCACCAGCGCGCGCUCUUCCAUUUUCAGUACCUCUUCCGUCCGUGUUUCAUGUCUCUCAAGUGCCUUCCUUCGCUCCGCUAGUCCCAAUGGUCGACGUCCCUCUUCCCACGGGUCGCUUCCUUCAGAUAAUCGCUUACCCGCUUCUUCAGCGCUUAAAACAUCACCAUCCACUGUACAAGAUACGAAUCUAUUGCGUCUCGUGUCCAGAGCUCGAGAUCUGCAUCCUCUCGACUGGUUGGAAGGUCCUGGGGCUGCAGACGAGACGGACCCCUUAGAUCUCACGGAUCCGCACUAUGACCUCACUACUGCCAAACUCACGAAACUCUUUGCUCGCUUUGAACCAAACGACCAGGGAAGGGUGUCAUACGACGGAUUUCGACGAGGUCUGGAAGCUAUGGGGAUCUCGUGCGAUCGGGACGACGAGUUUGAUGCCUUCAUCGCCCAAAUAGAUGAAAACAAGAAUGGAGGAAUUUCUUACGACGAGUUCUUGUACGCGAUCCAGGAAAUUAAGUUGGCACAGCUUUUUAGCCCCGAGUAUGUCAAGGCUCUAACCGUAAAGUACGCUCGAGCGUACGGCACUGCAGCUCCUUAUGCCAAACUGGGCUCAAUUGAGUACUCACCCGAUCGAGUGCGUAGUGCGUACCCGAUCGAAGAUCUUGAAAAGUUCAUGUACUCGAAACGGCCAGAUUGGGCAAGCGUGCGUUGGAUCAAUCUAGAGGGAACGGACCCAUUAAUGAUGCGGAGACUGGCUGUGCGUUAUCGGCUACAUCCGCUCGCGGUGGAGGAUACGCUGGAUGCUGAUCUUGAACGGCCCAAGUAUGAACAUUAUGAUGAGCACUCGUUGCUGGUCUUGCAGACGGUGCAUGCACGUGAUUUAAAAAAGGCGUCAGAGUAUCAACGGAUGUAUCGCGCCUCGUUGUAUGUUCGCGAUAAUGAUGUAUCUCCGUUUGAAAGCAUGAGCAAAGCUGAGCUCGAAGGGAGACUUGAUGAAUUAGCGAUGGGGCGUAUCAUGGCUCCGCCUGAACAACUGAGUGUGUACGUCACGAAAAACGUUGUCAUUAGCGUACAAAAAUCCACAAGUAUGUUGUGGCGAACGCUGAAACGGCGGUUAGACAUGUCGUACUCCAAGGUUCGGCAAAGUGGCACUACAUUUCUAGUGUACUCGAUCGUGGACGUGUGUGUUGACGAAUUGUCUCCCAUAGCACACACGUAUGGAGCCAAGGUGGCAAUGCUGUCCCGCCUUCUACGUCACGACCCACGCAACUUCGACGCCGAUCGUCUGGCCAAGUGCUCGAAAGAAAUCAAGGGGCUCAAACUGUUGUGUAAGCCUUUGCGCGAAAUGACGACACAACUCAUGAAGUCAAACGAUUUUGAAGGCGAGACACUGCGGUAUUUCCGAGACGUACAGGACCAUGUUAUGGUCAUUGACGAGACUUGUGACCACCUUCUGGACCGGUGCCGUAGUCUAGUCGACGACUGCCACAAUGCGCGGCAUUCCCAGCAAAGUGAAGUGAGCUACACGCUAACUCUCGUGGCUACAGUGUUCCUGCCGGCUCAAUUUCUGACUGGAUUAUAUGGUAUGAAUUUCGUCAACAUGCCUGAACUACAGUGCGAGUAUGGGUACAUGAUCUGGUGGGGCGUUGUAUCGACCAUCGCUACUGGAACGGUCACGUACUUCAAGUUUUACAAGAAAUGGUUGUAG